AUGUUUUUUCUACAGCCUAUCUACCAGUACUUUAAUCCACAGUCAGCGCCGCGAUUCUCUUCCAUGAGUGUGCCACAGAACGAAUCCAAGUGGUUCCGUCUACCGACGGAUGUGCGUCCCAUACACUAUGACCUUACACUUUUUUCAGAUCUUGAACAGCUUCAAUUUCAGGGCGUCGCGGACAUUGCCUUGGAUGUGGGACGCGAUACUCAGACCCUCUCAUUCAACAUCGGUAAGGGCCUUGACCUAAGUCAUGUGCUAGUAUCGUACAACCAUCAGCAGCACGUUCUGAUACCAUCCAUUGACAUGCCGCAUGAGCGUGUAACGGUGUCCCUUCCGGAGCCUGUCACAAAAGGCACAAACCUUUCGCUCGUUGUGGGCUAUAGGGGUGCUAUCGACCAGAGCAUGAUGGGCUAUUAUCAAUCUACGUGGCAUCAUGAGGGACGGACAGGAAAUUAUGCCCUCACACAGUUCGAGCCAACUUCAGCGCGCCGCGCUUUUCCAUGCUGGGAUGAACCUGAGCUCAAGGCCACAUAUUCAUUCCGUAUGCUGCACCGCGAGUCCACGACGGCUCUAGCAAACAUGCCCAGUGUGCAAACCAAAGCCGUUGAGAAAGAUGCUGUGGCAAAACUGCUACGCGUGGAUGAACUGAAGCUGGAGGCGCCGGAUUUGGGCAACGAUGCUUGGGUUCUGACAGAAUUUGCUAAGACACCAAAGGUAUCAAGUUAUCUAGUGGCAUGGGCAAACGGUGUCUUUGAACACAUUGACGGCUCUUUUACAUCACCUCUCACUGGUAAGAAGGUACCAAUGCGAGUGUAUACGACACCCGAGUAUAUUCAUCAGGCCCAGUACGCGCUCGAAGUGAAGCAGAAGGUGCUACCUGAAUAUGAGAAAGUGUUCGACAUUGCUUACCCGCUGCCCAAACUCGACACACUUGUGGCGUCAGACUUUGAUGCUGGUGCAAUGGAGAACUGGGGUCUGAUCACUGGGCGUACAUCCGUGUUUUUGUACGACGAAAAGUCCGGUCUCCAGGGUAUGAAGACGACGGCCGCUGUCCAAUCACAUGAGGUCGCACACAUGUGGUUUGGUGACAUCGCAACAAUGGCAUGGUGGGACAAUCUGUGGCUUAACGAGGCGUUUGCCACACUCAUGGGCGAGGUGAUUAUCCUUGAUCGCGUAUUCCCCGAGUGGAAGAGUGCUAGCGAGUUUAUCGUUUCGCAUUUGAACCGAGCGCUUGAUCUGGAUGGAAAGCGUUCGUCACAUCCAAUCGAGAUUCCACUCCAGGGCGAAAAUGUCGAAGAUGCCGUGAACCAAGUCUUUGACGCCAUCUCCUACUCAAAAGGUGCGAGUGUAUUGCGCAUGUUGUCGAAGAUGCUAGGCGAAGAUGUGUUUUUGAAGGGUGUAAGCCUGUACUUGAAAAAGCAUCUCUACGGCAACACGGUCACGAGCGACCUCUGGGACGGCAUUAGUCAAGCCUCUGGUCGCGACGUGAAUGCCAUCAUGUCAAACUGGGUUCUCAAGCAGGGCUUUCCAGUACUGACUGUGUCUGAAGGCUCAAACUCGAUUCGAGUUCGUCAGAAUCGCUUCCUUGCGACAGGUGAUCCAACACCUGAGGAAGACGAGACCCUGUGGCAGGGACCCUUGGCGCUCAAGGUAGUCAAGGACAGUAAGCCCACUACAGACUAUGAUGCAAUGCUGAAUGGGGAGCGCGAAAAGGAGAUUCCUUUGCCCGAUGCGAGGAACAGCGUUUGGAAACUCAAUGCCGAAACCAUCGGUGUGUAUCGCGUCGCGUACUCUCCUGAGCAUUUGGCGAAGCUUGGCAAGGCUGCCGCGCAGAAAGACAGCGCGUUUUCCCUUGAAGAUCGUGUCGGCCUCGUCAGCGAUGCAUUCACGCUUGCACAAGCUGGCUACUCCAAAACGUCUGGUGGUCUGGCUCUUAUGCACGCUCUUCGCGGAGACGACAGCUCCUUGGUUAAUACGGCUGCCGCACUCAACCUUGCAAAGCUUGCUAGUGUCUGGUGGGAACAGCCUGAACCCGUGCGUGAGGGUAUUAACAAGUUCCGUGCUGAUGUGUUUGGUCCUAUGGCUCGCGAGCUGACAUUCGAGUUUGGAGGGAAUGACUCGAGUGAGUUGCGUGAGUUGCGUGAGACAGUCAUUUCGGCAGCGGCUUCAGCUGGUGAUGAGUGGACAAUCAGCGAGAUUCGCCGUCGCUUUGCGCCUCUCCAAGAAAAGGGCGAUUACAGUCUAAUUCACCCAGACUUGUUGCGGACAGUACUGGCACAAGCCAUUAAACAUGGAGGUGAGAAGGAGUACGAAACCGUUUUGAGUAUCUAUCGCUCGCCACCGACGCCUGCACACAAGACAUCAGCGAUGAUCGCACUUGGAAAUGCACAAGAUACUGCAUUGCUUCAACGGACAUUUGAUUUCUUGUUCAGCGGCCAUGUGAAAACGCAAGACUUCAUGUACUUCUUCGCAUCCCUGUCAUCGAACCCACGCUCACGGCGCACUCUGUGGGAAACUGUCAAAGCACGCUUCGACGAACUUGUUAAGUCGUUCGAGGGCAACUUCUCUCUGGCGAACUUGAUCAAAUCGUCCAUCAGCACGUUCACAUCAGACAAGGAUGCAGCCGACAUCCGGCAGUUCUUCGAGAAGCGCGAUACGUCCAAGUUUAGUAUGAGUCUCGCUCAAGGUUUAGACUCUGUUCACGCCCAAGCGCGCUGGCUUGAACGUGACGUGACCGACGUGCAAUCAUGGCUCCAAAGUAAGGGUUACAUGUAG